CAAACAUUGCCCAUACCUUUGCUUAUAAAAAGAUUCUGUCAAACAAAGUUUGUUUGAGCCAAGUAAAAAGUAGCAAUGAUUUUUUCAUAAAUUUUUUAUAUUGUAUUUUUAUGCAUCAAGUUAUUCCAAUUUGUUAAACAGAUACAGGCUAAAUAAAAAGGGUGGAUCAGGGCCAAAUGAUUCGAACAGGAAGAGACGGAGCAGUCAGUUUGUGAGCCUCUCAUAUAUUCUACAUGAUUUAUGGAGAGUUCUGUGGAAGCUACGAUGGAAUCUACAGAGGUCACAGCUGAAACCUCAGAGGACAAGCAACUGGAACCCCUUCUCAUUUUCGAAGAGGGGGAUGAAUCUUCAGAUAUGAUAAACAGCAGAGAAAGAGGAAGCACAGUACUGAGAGUUAGAAAGGGUGAGGAAAACAGAAAAGAUGACACUGGCGACAUAACAGAAGCCACAGAGGGAAGUCAACAAGAUGAAAACAAUGUCCAUGUAGGAAAAAGUGAGAGUGGAGCACUAGAAGAAGUAAUAAAUGCGGAGGGUAAUGUAAAUGUAGAACUUCAACAAGAGGAAAAGUUGGAAGAUCACGAAUGGUGUGUAAAUAUGAUGAAAACAGAUGGGAGAUUGUCAGAUGGGACACAGGGGAUAGCUGAGAAGAUGCCAAAAGAGGAGAUACAGGAACCAGUGGAGAAAAUGACAGACGCAUCGACUCAAGAUAAACCAAAUGCUCAAGUUAAACUACGACCCAAAGACAGACUGAGACCUGAUGAUGCUAAGCAAAUGGUUCACCUGUUAUCGCCAGAUUCUCCUGAUGCUCUGUGUGAGCUGCUGUACAUGUUACAAGAGGGCCGACGACUCAAUGACCAGCGCUGCUCAUUCAGACUGGAGGGCCGGAGAAGAUGUUACUCUGAACCCAGCACCCCUCGGCACAGUCAGAAAGUGGUCUUCUCCUCCAUGACGUCACUGCAGAAGGAAGAGUUCUUUGAUUAUUUGGCGAUCUCACAGAGCCGUCGACUUGAUGACCAGCGAGCAGAGCUCCAGAACAUUCCUUCAGCACCCCCACCACCCCAACCCAAAGCCAAACAGAGGAAGAGUAGCUGUAAGGUCACAGAGGUUACCCAAACGGUUCCCACACCAACACCAAAAGAGGAUUUAUACAACAUGAUUGUGGUUUCACAAGCCCAGGGGCGUUUGGAAGAGCAGCGCAGUGCAGCUCCAGGACCGAUGGACGAUGAAGAUUUCUUCUCUUUGUUGUUGAAGGUCCAGGGUGGAAGAAUGGAUGAACAGAGAACCGAACUCAAACCUGUUAGUUUAUAGAUGCUAUCAAGCUGAGAAACAAACAUGAGGUUCCUGCUUUACUGGGCCUUUGUCAAUGUUAUGCAAUAUAUCAGUUUUUGAUGUCAGAUUCUUUCCUGUCUAAAUAUGAAUAACUAUAAAAUCAGACUACCACUGUAAGAGUACUUGCACUACUUUUUAAUGUUGCUGCAUUUGUUGAGCUUAAAACCAAAGCUCCAUACAGAUAAAUGAUGGGAGAUUAUAGUACAUCUCUUGCUUUUUAAUAUUAAGGGACAUUUGAAGGACCUCUGUCUUUUUCUAAAACUGUACAUGCAUUGUUACAGUCUUUAACUGAAAAUAAAUGUUCAAAUGUAAAUUAUGAUGUUUACUGUUAUGAGGAGCAGGAUACAAAAUGUGAAUGAUACAAAAGCUUUUUUCAUGGAUUAUAUAGUUAGCCCAUAAGAGAUUUAUAUAAUGUAGAUGUUGUCAUGACAACUCCUUUGCAACUCCUUUUAUGAAAUGCAAAUUUAACAUGUUGUUUAUUGCAACAGAAAAUAAUUCUCAAUUUGUUAAAACAAGCAAGAAUUGUGAUUACAUUAAUGCACUUACAAUUAAAGUCAAUGGGGCAAUGUUUUGAAAGCAUAGCUACAAGACUUAAAAAUCAUCCGUGUUUACAUGAGACUAUUGUGGUAGAAUCACUCACUAACAUUGUCUGUGUAAAAUAUAAUCUUUUAACUUCAUAACUUUUAGACAAUAUAGGAUACCAGAAAGAGACGUGAUAAUGCAUUACCAGAAGUUCAUCGGCAUGAAAAGUAAUCCCACUGCUAAAAGAACAAUUUAGACAACUUUGCUGCUCAAAUAACACAUUUUUGCACAAAAUAAUAAAUGUAUGCGCUUUAACAAAAAUACAAGGGUCACUUUCGGCUUUUAAACCCUCCAGAACAUCUAUCCCCAUAGUAAGUGCCUUAAUAUAAACACAUUUUUGCUUGUUUUAACAAACUGAGGGAUGUGUCAAAAUUAUUGUCUGUGGUAUUAUUAUUAUUACUAUAUGCAUCACAGUAAAAUAAAUCCCUGAGUGAAAACAUAUUCCAUAUUUCCAUAUUCCACAGAAUGCAAAAGCAAUAAAGAGAGGCAUUUUUUUAGUGUCAUUUUACACAGAUAUCCAUGCACAUUUGUGUUGUCAGUGGUUAAUUUUCACCACUGCUGAUGUUUGUUUGAGUGUCUUGUAUUUUCGCUAUUGACGUUUUAAAGAGAUUGCAACAUUUUAUAUCAUUAAACAUGUCAGAACUGAUGGCAUGUCAAAUAUUUGUAACUUUUUUACUGCUUAUGACAGUAAGGAUUCAUUAUUUUUUAUUCGGUACCUCUAUUGCACACACACACACACACACACACACACACACACACACACACACACACACACACACACUAAGAUAUGAU